GCCUCUGCCGCCCGCUCUCUUCCGGCGCGGUGCUGUCAAGUUAGCUGAGAGAGCCCGGGGUGACUGAUCCCCCAUGGCCGUGAGACAGGCGAGCCCAGGAGCUACCGCGGGGCCGCUGGAGGCCCUGGGCGCAGACAUGGGCUCUGUGACCUUUGAAGAUGUGGCUGUAGACUUCACUGUGGAGGAAUGGGCUUUACUAGACUCUUCCCAAAAGAAGCUACACAAAGAUGUAAUGGAGGAAACCUUCAGGAACCUGGCUGCUAUAGGAAAAACACAAGAAGACCAGAACAUAGAUGAUGAACAUAGAUAUUCUAGAAGAAAUCAAAGAAAUGAAGUUGUGGAAAGACUGUUGGAGCAUAGCAAAGGCAGUGAAUGUAAAGAAAUCUCCAAACAGACUCCAAAAACCAUUGUGAACAGGAGAAUUUCUCAUAGAACAAUGCUUUGUGAAAACCAUGUGUACAAGGACAACAUGCUCAUUCGUCAUUCAUCCCUUAAUGUAUCUGUGCCUCUUCAGACUACACACAAACCUCAUGAAUAUGAACUACGUGGAGAGAACCUCUGUAAAUUUGGAGAAUGUGAGAAAGCCUUCAUUUAUCCAGAAUGCUUUCUGAAGCAUGAAGACGGCGACACUAGACAGAGAUCCUAUGAGUUUAACCAGUGUGAGAAAAUCUUCAAAAGUAAUAGUUAUGUUCAAAUCCGUGUGAAUGAUGAAAGGAGAGAAGAAAUAUGUAUAGAUAAGCAGCAUUAUAAUGCCUUUGCUUAUCCUGAUUUUCUUCAGUAUGUUGAAAAGAUCCACACUGGAAAGAAACCCUAUGCAUGUAAACAAUGUGGAAAAACCUUUUCCUUUUUGAGUAACAUUAGAAGACACGAACGAACUCACACUGGAGAGAAACCGUACAGGUGUAAUAUAUGCAAUAAAGCCUUCACUUGUUUAACUAACUUUCAAGAACAUGAAAGAACUCACACUGGAGAGAAACCCUAUUUAUGUACACAAUGUGGGAAAGCCUUUUCUUUUCUGAGUAACAUUCGAAGACAUGAACGUACUCAUACUGGAGAGAAACCAUACAGAUGUAAUAGCUGUGGUAAGGCUUUCAGUUAUUUGACGAACUUUCAAGACCAUGAAAGAACUCAUACUGGAGAAAAACCUUAUGUGUGUACACAGUGUGGGAAAGCUUUCACUUACUACUAUUCCUUUCAGACACAUAAACGAUGUCACACUGGUGAAAAACCUUAUGUAUGUAAGCAAUGUGGAAAAGCCUUCAGUUAUUACAAUUCCAUUCAAACACAUAAACGUUGUCACACUGGAGAAAAGCCCUAUGUAUGUAAGCUGUGUGAUAAAGCCUUUACUACUCUCAGUUCUCUUCGGUAUCAUGAGAGGGUUCACAGCGGUGAGAAGCCCCAUGUAUGUUUGCAAUGCGGGAAAGGUUUCAAUUCUUCCAGUACCCUUCGAAUACAUGGAAGGACUCACACUGGGGAGAAACCUUAUAAAUGUAAGAAGUGUGGGAAAGUCUUUAGCGUUGACAGUUCCCUCCGAUGCCAUGAGAGGAUUCACAGUGGAGAGAAGCCCUAUGUGUGUAAGCAGUGUGGGAAAGCCUUCACUCGCCAUACCUCCCUCCGAUGCCAUGAGAGGAUUCACGGUGGGGAGAAACCCUAUGUAUGUAAGCAGUGUGGGAAAGGUUUUAUUUCUUCCAGUAAUUUUCGAAAACAUGAAUGGACUCAUUCUGGAGAGAAACUCUGUAUAUGUAAACUAUGUGGUAAGCCCUUCACUGGUCACAGUUCACUUCAACGCCAUGAAAGAAUUCACAGUGGAGAAAAACCCUAUGUAUGUAAGCACUGUGGGAAAGGUUUCUCUUCUUUGAGUGGCUGUCAAAGACAUGAACAAAUUCACACCGGUGAGAAACCCCAUGUAUGUAAGAAUUGUGGGAAAGCCUUUACUAAUCCCAGUGCCCUUCGAAAUCAUGAGAGGAUUCACAGUGGUGAAAAGCCCUAUGUAUGUGAGCCGUGCGGGAAGGGUUUCAUUUCUUUUAGUAAGUUUAGAAUACAUGAACGGAUUCACACUGGAGAAAAACCAUAUAAGUGUAAGCAAUGUGGGAAAGCCUUCACUGGUCACAGUUCCCUUCGACGUCAUGAAAGGAUUCACAGUGGAGAGAAACCUUUUGUAUGUAAACAGUGUGGGAAAUCCUUUUAUACUUUAAGUGAUUGUCAAAGACAUGAACAAAUCCACACUGGUGAGAAACCUUUCAUUUGCAAGCAAUGUGGGAAAGCUUUUACCCGGUCCAGUUCCCUUAAAAUACAUGAGAAGACUCACAGUAGAAGAAAUCCCUAAGUGUAGAACAUGG